GAUACUGUUGCUUUUAUUUUGAAAACAUUACCGGAAACGGGCCUAUUCUUAAGUCUGCGUCUUGCCUGUUUGUUUCUUUGCGCGAAUUCCUGAAGAUUGUUGAAUCCUUUGUGGGAAUUGUUUGCACGAAGAGUGAGGAAUUCCAAGCCAAACCACCCCAACACCCAACAACUCCGCCUUUAUAGCAGACUGACUCCCAAGGAAUGAGCACAUUUUUGGGCGACGGCGACACUCCUUAGUGGGUAAAAGUUAGAAGUCUCAGAUGUGAGUGAAGAAGAAGAAGAAGGAGGAGGAAUAUGAUGAGGAGUUGAACUAUGUGGCAACAGUAGCUAGGAAUACUAAAGUAUCACACGGAAAGUGAUUGAGCGAUGGAGGGCGAGAAGGAGAGGCAAAGGCAGCAGGGCGAGGAGAAAGAGAGCAACGAGGCAGAUGACGGCAUGAGGAGUGACGACGAGGCCGCCGACAAUGACAAUGAUGAUGAGGAUUCAGAAGGCGCGGCGCUGGUCUGGCAGGAAGGCUACGGCGAGGACAACCUGGGCCUUCCCAUCAUGCACUGGGAGGCGCUCAGCCUGCGCAUCGCUGAGCUGGAGAAGCAGGAAGAGGAGAAGAAGGAGAAAUUGGCAAAGAGUCGAGGUUCUCUGGAGCGAGGCCGAGCACCCGUCAGCUGGACAGGAGAGCGAGGGAGGCGAAGAGAAAGCUGGGAUGAUGACAACAACGAUGACGACGAUGAUGAAGCCUGCAACAGUCACAUGACGGCCCUCAGCUCACGGUUGCAGACGCAGAUGAACCUGCAGCUGUGCUUCAUCAAUGACAGUCAAAGUGAGGAAGAAGACGAGGAGAAGGAGGAUGACGUCAGCAAGAAGAGAGGAACCAUUCCCGUUCACAAGAACCCUCAGCCUGCUGCCAAGCCAGAGAAAACCAAAUCCAGAGGCUUCCGGAACACUUGGAGGAAGUUGCGAGACAGACUGCGAGCAGACCACAAGCCACUGACGGCAGCCACCAGCGAUCCCAUCGUCCAACGGAGACACUUGGAGCGAAGUGAUUUGCAGAAUUUCACCAUGAAGGAGCUCAAUGCUAUGUGUUCCUCCCUCAGGCAAACUAUACAAGACUUAAGCACCGAGCUGGUGAGCCGCCUCCAGAUCCGGGACCAGCUGAGGACGGAGCAGGACGCCAUGUUGCUGGAGGUACAGGAUCUAACCUCCCUCGGAACGCUGCUAAGUAGUCCCAGCUGAGGGUGACACCUUGACAACAUUGUGAGUGUGCUGCUUUGGGCAAACACCCCGGUGGGAGCUAACUUUGGUCCCCCCUUUUGACACACGUGGCGCCUUUUUUUGCACAGCUUUUUUUUUCCAGUGACGAUACAAAAACACUAGUUGUGCCGAGGACGACUUUUUGUCUUUUUCAUGGAAGUAAGGGAAUUAUUACAAAUGGAAAGUGAUUGUAUAUGUCAUUUUUUAAAUGUUUUUACAUAUAAAAGGGAAGCUGUUAUAACAGUUUUAUAACAUAGAACCAAGAAUGCCCACUCAUGCCCCACAACUGCUUGAGGGCUCCAACCUUCAAACGUUUUGCAAGCAUUAUACCCACUUUGAGUAGGCUGACCUAAUGCACGCAUGUGCACUAGUUAUCUUUGAUAUAAGCUAAUGAUAGCAAUUUGGAAAAAUAUAGCUACUAAUGGUCAUUGACAUCAUCACCGUUUAUCGCUAUCAUUGAAUGUAUAGCCUGUCAACAACAACAUGUCUGCAUAUUGUUGAUGACAUGUCUGAGACUUUUGUGUGUGUGUGUGUGUGUGUACACGCUAAGGACGUGAGUAGUGACAGCCAUGAAUGUCACUUCUUUUAUUCGUGCCGAAUGAAAAUGUACGACCAUUUUUAAUUCAUACAUAAAAGUGACAACCACUUUGAAGAAAAACAGCCUGUGUUAUGUAUAGUCUUCUUAUUGGUCCUGGUUGUUGACAAGUCACAUGAUGAAUAUUGACAUUCUCUUUUAACUGCAUGAUAAAUAUCUAUUAAUUAUU